AUGAGUGAUAGCCUGGCUUGGUAUACUAAGAAGCUGCUCUCGAAGCCGUUACAGCUGACGCCGGAAGAGCUGUAUAAAGCCAUACAGCUGGUGUUGCAACUACUUGAGCGAGAGGAAAAGGGAAAAGAGAAGCAGGAUGAUGAAGAGCUAGAAAACUACGUUCUGAUAAGCAGUUUUCUGGCUACACUGGUGGCAAGUGGGUUGGACCACAAGGCGGAGUUCAUUGCGGCAGCAGCAAAAGCUGUCCUCGAACACUCCAAUGUGGUUGAUCUCGGGACGCGUGCAGGUACAGGCCAGGAUGGGGCAGAAGUGGUACUGGAUAUCGUUGGCACUGGUGGCGACGGGCAAAAUACCUUUAACGUUUCAACGUCUGCAGCGAUUGUCGCCUCGGGAAUCCCUAACUUCAAGGUAUGCAAGCACGGCGGCAAAGCGUCUACAUCGAACAGCGGUGCCGGCGAUCUGAUCGGCAUGCUGGGGUGUGAUUGCUCAAAGGUUAAUAAGGAGACAGUGCCGGAGUUAUGGGAAACCAAUUCCUUCAUGUUUUUGCUUGCUCCAUAUUUUCACAAUGGCAUGAAGCUUGUUGCGAAGAUUAGAAAAUUGAUGGCUAUUCCAACAAUUUUCAAUGUUCUUGGGCCCUUGAUUCAUCCUGUGGAGCAUGUCAACAAGCGCGUUCUUGGUGUUUAUUCCAAGGAGCUGGCUCCCGAAUAUGCUCGUGCUGCUUCGUUGGUGUACACAAACAGCGAGGUUUUUGUAGUUUGGGGGCAUGUUGGGCUCGACGAAGUAUCCCCCAUUGGAAAGACGACUAUCUGGCACGUCAAGCCUGGUAAUAAUGGACAAAUCACAAGCUUCGAUAUCGAGCCUGCUAUGUUUGGACUAAAGGAGCAUUCGCUUGAUCAAUGCAAAUCUUAUGGUCCGUUGGCGAAUGCCAGAUUGUUGAAGGACAAAAUACUAGCAGGGAAAUGCAAGCUUGGCGAUGACGAUCCAAUCUACGACUACAUUUUACUUAAUUCAGCGGUGCUUUAUUGUUUAUGUAAGGGUCACACCAACUGGAGAGAAGGCGUACUGGCGGCUGAAAAAAGCAUACAAUCGGGUGAGUCACUUAAAGCCUUGAACAAAUUUAUCGAGCAGGUGUCAAUGUUAUAG